AUGGCUACUGCCCCGAAGAUCAGCUCCCACCUUGAGUGUAACAUCUGCAGAGACAGAUAUAAACAGCCUAAGAUACUAGAUUGCAAGCACAGCUUCUGCGAGAGUUGUCUGGAGAAAUACUACACUAGCAGAUAUAAAGGUAAACGAAAGAUCCCUUGCCCUGUAUGCCAACGGGAGACGGUACUUCCAAAGAAACACAUUCAAGGCCUGAAAACAAAUGUCCAUUUGAUGGGAAUUGUUGAAGACGUCUUGCUGCAAGAAAGAACACCAGAAAAAAAUGAGUCUCAAUGCCAGAAACACAUGGGUGAAAUGCAACGGUUUUAUUGUGAGACAUGUGAUGAGUUAAUCUGCCAAGAUUGUAUUGUGGUAGACCACUGUAAACCAAAACAUCAGUACGUCGAGUCUGGAGAGGCUUCUCUCAAACACAAAGAGUCACUCAAAGAUAUGUUUGCAGAUUUCACCACUGACAUCGAAAGACUUGAACAUGCUUUGGCCACAUCAUCACAAGCUGAGCAGAGGUUCGCAGAGGAUGUCACAAAGAUUGUGAAAGCUGUGCAAGACAAAGCGGAUAAAAUGAGAGCUGAGAUAACAACUCAAGAGACAAAGAUGAUUCAAGAAAUCAAACAACUCAAGCAGGAUCGCAACAGAGCAUAUGAUGAGCAUCAGAAAGCACUGAAAAUGAUGGUACAAAGUAAAAAACAUUUCCUGGGGACAUCUCAGGAUAUCAUUAACACUGCAUCUGAUACUGAGUUUUUGUCACUAUACCCUAUCAUCAGCAAAGACUUGAAAUCACCCAAGAAUCAAAAUCCUCCCCAGCUUGAUCCCAAGCUUUCGUAUCUGAGCUUCACCCCGAGUAAGAGGAUUGGUGACAUCAAUCUGGGCAAGCUUGAGGUAGAAGCAGCCAAGUGGGAAAUGUGUCAUGAGUUUGGUAAAGAGGGAAGUGGUCCGGGAGUGUUCAAGUGGGCUCGAAGUAGUACUGCUACUCAACCUGGUGAAAUUGCUGUGACAGACUGGGGGGACAACAGAGUGGUCAUCUGCAGCAAUGAGGGACAACAUAAGGGAGCCAUUCCCCUUCAAGGUAAAUUUCUUUCAUAUCCAUGGGCAGUCGCAGCCAUCCACAAUCCUGCACAAAGCUUAGUAGCACUGGAUAAAAGCAAGCAUGUCAAGGUGUUCAACAUGAAGGACAACACUCUUGCUAUGCAGUUCUCGACAGUGGAACAGAGUCAAGUUGACAAAACACAAGUGGAGCUACGCAGUGUCGUCAUUAAGAGGAACGGUACAAUAUUAGUGGGUGAUGUCAAGAGGAUGGUAUGGACUGAGCACAGACCCAUUGAUGGUGAGAUCCUACGCACCGUACCAGUGCAGGUUCCACCUUGGUACUUGGCUGUUGAUGAUGACACUGAUAGAGUUGUGGUCAGUGGACGUGAAACAAAGAAAGUGGAUGUUGCUGACAGCAAAGGUACUACUCUUCGCACUAUCGAACCAACCAUCAAUGGUAAGCCUGUGUGGAGCUGCCGUGGUGUAUGCUGUGACAGCUCAGGCAUCUACCUUGCAAUGCUCCAAUCUGUGCUAGGCACUGGUCAUAUUCACCAUUAUGACAUAGAUGGCAGGUUUCUUGAUUGUCUGGCUCAUGAUCUAUUUGACCCAUGUGGAAUUGCACUGACAUCAGACGGGCAGCUGGCAGUGCCCGAUGGCCACUCAGUCAAGAUGUAUCACAAGGUGUGA